AUGACAUCGGCAUCGACGAAUGACGGUAUAAUAUCUUUGACACCAGAACAGCUCGAGGGGAUGCUCACUAAAAUUCACAUGCGCCCUAAGAUCAUCUCGCCUUACUAUGAUCUAGUUAAUGUCAAUGGCACAAAGAUUGACAAGAAGGUCGUUUUAUUCGCCGAUCUAUUCAAGCGCAAGAUUAAUGACAGUGAACCCAUCGAGAACGCCAUGCAGCUGGCAGAAGCAUUAAAGGUCACGAAGGAGGUGCACAAUGAUAUGCAGUCGGGUCAGCUUGACGACGCGGUUGGCGAGAUUAUGCGGGACAUCAAGGGCGACUGGGGGCACAUUGAGCUGUGA